CCAAAGUUUUCGCAAGGCACUUCCGGGUUAGAUUUGUGUCGUUAUUUCGUCUUUUAAGCGUCGCAGUUUCCUUUAUAUUGGGUUCAUAAUGUCUUGAAUUUUAAUCCGUCAAGUAAUUUAGUGUGAGUCCGCCUUUAAAAAUUAAAGGCGUCAAUCUUCCGUGUCCGUUCAAAAUGGCUGCCGCACUUUUUUUGUUUGCGAGAAGGUGAAUGAAGAAUGGACGGUCGUUUUGAGUUUUUAAUUGCGUUUCCCGACAAAACAACGUCGUCAUAGUGUUUCAGUGGUGGAAGUAGUUUGAUAGCAUCCAUUUGAUACUAAACGCGUUGGAGACUCGCGUUUGCACGUCACGUGAAACCUCCCGACCACUAAAUGGGUCGUGAGUGAGGCGUCUGCCUCGCCGACAAUCUCAGAGCGUGGAAUUGGUUGGUGUUGCGUAGUACGCAUGCGCCUUCCGGGAUUAAUGUCAAGGCACAAAAGUGGCGCUACACCGUGUCGAGCUGUACUCCGCGCCAGUCGUGCAAAUGACGUCACUGAGGCACCAUGACGACAUGCUCGGGCGACCUGCCAGCUAUCCACUAAACUGCAGAGAGAGUCGGGCACCUGGGUUCCCAGGUGGUUGCCUUAGCGAUGGACGGGGUGUCAGAACCCAACCCUGCUGUUCCGGGGGAGGAGGUGGCAACGGCGGGGACAGCGGCAGCAGGGGAGCACGUGGAGGCCGCGGCGGCGCCCACCUUGGAUACCCCCACUGUGGAGGCCCCAGAGUCGGUUACCGCGGCAACAGAUGACGACAAGUCACCAAAGAAGGGCGGCGGCGAGGAGGACGACGACGUGGUUGUGGUAGAGGAGCAGGCCCCCGAGCCGCCGCCUUCGAAGGAAUGUCCGGAGGGCCACGCUGACAUGGAGACGCAACAAAUGUCACCCACCGAGGCGACGCCCACAGCUGAGGCGGCGCCGCCCUCGGAGGUGACGCCGCCCGCCGCAGCGACGCCCGAAGCGUCCGAGCCCGCCAACCCUGCCUCGGCUGCUGAGCCCAUCGUCAUCGACGAUGAGGAAGAGCCUGAGAAGAAGCAGGAUGACUCCUCGCCCUCUGCCCUGAGUACCAUGGAACCACAUUCGGAUAUACGCAUUGCCAACGUCACCACGCUGGGCCAGAAAAGGGGCGCCAGGGCUCUUCCAGAAGAUGCCCAAGCCGACUUGCUGAUCACCUCUGUGACAUCGCUGCAGGGAGGGCCAAUGUCGGUGGAUGGUGCGGCUGAGGAAAACGGUCUGCAGAUCGGCAGCGCCUUCAGCCUGACUCCCGACGGCACGUCCAAAAGACCGAGCGCUUCCUUCAACCCCGGGCGGAGUUCUGCGGUGCAAAAUGGCGACGCAGGGACACACAACAGAACAGACUCGUGGAUCUCCCAGUCGGCGUCAGUGCCUCGCAACCAAAAGCAAACGGGGGUGGACUCUUCAUCCACCGCCACUUCCCUGCCCAAACCUCCAGGACAGUCUUCCUCUUCCUCGCCGGGCACCCAGCCGCAGCCACGAACGGUGAAGGUGACGUGUGCAAACUGUAAGAAGCCUCUGAAGAAAGGUCAAACAGCGUACCAGCGCAAAGGGUCGACGCACCUCUUUUGCUCCACCACCUGCCUCUCCGCCUUCUCGCACAAACCCGCACCCAAGAAAAGCUGUACCAUGUGUAAAAAGGACAUCACCAACAUGAAAGGUACCAUCGUGGCCCAGGUGGAUUCGAGCGAGUCCUUCCAGGAGUUCUGCAGCACUGGCUGCCUGGGCGCCUAUGAGAACAAGCAGAACCCGCCUAAGUCUAGCCUCAAAACCAAAUGCACCGUCUGCGGAAAGCUCACUGAGAUCCGUCACGAGGUGAGCUUCAAGACGGUGACGCACAAGAUCUGCAGCGACAUGUGCUUCAACGUGUACCGCCGAGCCAACGGGCUCAUCAUGAACUGCUGCGAGCAGUGCGGGGACUACCUGCCCAACAGGGCCUCCGCCAACCACUUCCUGCUGGUGGACGGACAGCAGAAGCGCUUCUGCUGUCAGAAAUGCAUCAGGGACUUCAAGCAGGCUCACAGCAAGCUGGCGAACUGCCUGACAUGCAAGACGCUGAUCAAGACAGGCGAGGUGGUCCUGGGCUUAGGUGCCGACGGCGCCAUGGGCUCCUACUGCUCCACCAAUUGCAUGAACAAGGCCAAGAUGGCCGCCACCGCCUUCCACCACGCGGAGCCAUCGUGUCACUUCUGCAAGAGAAACGCUUUACCGCAGUACCAGGCAACCCUGCCCGAGGGAAUCGUCCUGAACUUCUGCAGCUCGCAGUGUGUCACAAAGUUCCAGAACACCUCCCUCCAGACGGCCACCAAUGGACAGACGACGCUGUCCACCAACAACAACAACAUGGUGCAGCUCAAGUGCAACUACUGCAAGGGGGCGUUCAGCGUCAAGCCAGAGACGCUGGAGUGGGAGGACAAAGUGUACCACUUCUGCAGCAAGGUGUGCUGUGAUGACUACAAGAAGCUGCAUUGCAUCGUCACCGUGUGCGAGUUCUGCCAGGAGGAGAAGACGCUGCACACCACCGCCAACUUCUCGGGCGAGAAGAAGCCCUUCUGCAGUGAAGGUUGCAAGCUGCUUUUCAAGCAGGACUUCAUCAAGCGUCUGGGCCUCAAGUGCGUCAGCUGCAACCACUGCAGCCAGAUGUGCAAGAGAAGUGUCACGCGCCAGCUCGGCGGCAUGACGCGGGACUUCUGCGGCGAGGCUUGUGCCAAGAAGUUCCACGACUGGUACCACAAGGCGGCGCGCUGCGACUGCUGCAAGGUUCAGGGCCAGCUGACUGAGUCUGUGAUGUGGCGCUCGGAGAUGAAGCAAUUCUGCGACCAACAAUGUCUGCUCAGGUUCUAUUGCCAGCAAAACGAGCCCAUCAUGGCCACACAGAAAGGCCCUGAGAACAGUUGCACGGGCAUUGAAUCACAAACUUCCAAACUUGGGCUAGUGAGCCAGAGCACGGCGGCAUACACAGGCGGUGGCCUGAUGAGGGACGUCAAAAACAAGGCAGUCCUCUGCAAGCCGCUCACCCUCACCAAGGCCACCUACUGCAAGCCACACAUGCAGAGCAAGCCCAUACAGACGGACGUGGACGACGGAGUGAAGCGGGAGUAUGUUCCCGUCCCCAUCCCCGUGCCCGUCUUCAUCCCCAUGCCCAUGAACAUGUACUCGCAGCUGACGCCCACGCCUCUCUCAAUGCCUCUACCACUCCCCGUGCCAGUCUUCCUGCCCACCACCCUGCAGAGCACCGAGCAGAUCGUCCAAACCAUCCAGGAGCUGAGAAGUAAGACGCCCUCGGCCCCCGUCGCCGCCCAGGAGGACCCGCCGUCCCCAACGGAGGUGACAUCCGAGGACCAAAAAGCAGACGUGAAGCUCGAGAAGGAGGCAAGUGAGCGUGAAGAUGAGGAGAUGAUCACCACCAGCCUAGAGGAGCAGAAGGAGGUGAAGAAGGAAGGUGAUGUGGACCUGAAGAAAGAGGAGGAGGUGACGGAAGAGGAAGAGGAAGGAAGCUACAUGGACCUGGAGGAGGACUUCGCCCAAGCUUCGGCGUCAGUCCCAGAGGAGGGGGAGAAGCAGGAGGAGCGUGCGUCACGACCUCAACCAAGGACACGAGGGAGCAAGAGGCUGGCGGCGGAACGCAACUUGGUCAGAACCUCGUCGGUUCGCUCUCCGCCCUUGAUAGCUCGCUACGGCGUCAAUGCCUUCAGGCACUGGAUGGGCUCCGCAGCGGACCCACAAGCAUCCGAACCAGCUCCGGUGAAUCCAACAAGGAACGAUGUGCUGAAAAUGUGCGCCGACGAGUUGAACAACAAGCUCUGCGGCUUCGUAAGGGAGGUGUGCCGGCCCAAUGGAGAUCGAUACGCCCCAGACAGCAUUUUCUACCUCUGCCUCGGCAUCCAAAAGCAUCUUCACGCCAAUGGCCAACAGAGUGACAUCUUCAGUGACUCCUGCUACCAGGAAUUCGGGGAGGAGCUCAACAAGGUGCUGAAGGACUGGAAGCCCAGCCAGCUUCUUGAUGGCUCCCCGUGGAGCCGCGUGGAUGAGCGAUGCCUGUGGACGGGCGGGCAUCUGGGCAGCACAACGCCUGCCGUCCUGCUGCGCUCGCUGGUCUACUUGAACGCCAAGCGCAUGCGUUUGCGUAGCACCCAGCAGCACCUGGACCUGUCCUUCGCCAACGUGUACGGCCCGGACGCCGUGCACCCUGUCACCACCGGCAAGAGUCGCACUUGCGUACGCGUGCCUUCUCCUGUCUCUCAGGUUGAAAAGGAGUCUCGCAAGAGGAAGCGGGACCAUCAGGACUGUGAAGAUGACGACAACACAGGAUCACUUGGUCCCGUCACGGAGCAAGAGCGACACCUUUUCCAGCUCUAUCGCUCCAAGUGCCCCGCGUUGUUGCUGGAGCGCUCGGACUUCUUCUACGCCCGGCCCGAUCCUGCUUGGGACGGGGACGGCGGCGCCUGGUUCACCACCACGCCGUUAGAGCACCACACGCUGGAGAGCCUGCUCGCCAGAAUGCUGCUGGUGCGGGACAUUUACACGGACUCGCAGGAGCAAGCGGAAGAGGAAGGUGGCGCCGAGUAGCACGUCUGGUUUGGACGCGUAGAUUGUUAGUAGAUCCGCAGGAAGGCCAUAGUGAGUAGCUCUUCCAACAUUUUCUCAUGUAAACCUCCUCCAUUCCUACUGCGGAGCUCCACGAGACGCCUCCCGCGAUGAGAAAAACUAAGGGAGGGGUUGGGCGUUGGUUUUCUGCGAUUGUUUCGGGGGCGGGUGGGGCUGCAUCCAGACAGUUAUGGAAUGUUUUAGCCCACUCAUGAUCCCGAUAUAUGCCGCCAAGCCCGAUUUAAAUGCCGGUGAUGUCGUUUGGAGCAUUAGUUCAGGCAGACCUGCCUCAUUGUUGCUUUGAAAAAGACAAUCACGACAAAAGCUGGGAGCGUUUUAGCUCUCGCCUUAACAUACCAUUCUUUUUUUCUUUUUCUCCCAAGUAUAUGCAUGCUUUUCAUUGGACAUCGGAGUGAUGCUAUUAUCUCCAGGGAAAAAAACACUUAUUUCGGAAGGCCAGAGAAAUGAAAUGGCACACCUGUGCUGAAGUUGCCACACUUUUUAUCCUUUGACAUCACAGCCGUUGAAGCUUUUUGGAGGUGCGUGAUUUUUUUUUUUUUUUUCUGUAGAAAAAGUCCAAUAUUUCGGAAAGGACAAGUCUUUGGGCCGAGAAAAAGAACACACCUAUCCAUAAGUAGCCAAAAACGAUGUCCUUUAAUUUACGGCGCAUCCAUUGGAGAAAUGGCACUACUAUUACGCGCCUGUGGAACUUCACAAAAUCUAGAACUACGUGCUCUUUUUGUUUUGUUUGCUUUUUUUUUUUUUUUUUUUGAUGCAGAAAAGUCCAAUAUUUAAAACAUCAAAAUAAUUUGUGCUCAGAAAAGUAAUAGUGAACCGAUCAUGAUAAAUCACACGACACCCAUUCUGAACUAGCCACCCUUCUAUGCUUUGUCACAUCCGUCAAAGAAUGACACCACGAUUAUGUACACGUGUUGAAGUUGCAGAGCGACCUGCUCUAUCCAGCAAUGCUGUUUGCCCAGUGGCUUGGAACUUCAAAUAUUUGGCCAUAGCACGACUAUUCCGAACUGGAUGUAGAUUUUGCUUUCUGGUUGACGUCACAUCCGUUGAAAAAAAAAAUGACAUUGCUUAUUUCCCUUAGCGAUUCGUGGGUUUUCCAGCAUUGCCAUAUUUGCACAAUAGCUUGAAACGUGCAAAUAUUUGGGCAGAAAAAAGUAAAAGCACACUUGCCCUGAUGAUCUUGUCAAGUGUUGAGGGAUGUCAUCGCUUUUCUUUAUGGUUAAUUAUAUUUUUUUAAUUUUCAUAGAUGUAUACAUUUUCCAUUGUAGCUGUUAGCCCACCUGCUUGUCAAGUAUUUGGGCUGAGAAAAGUAAUGGCACACCCGUUCCAAACAAGCCACACAUUUUGUCAAGUAAGUCGCAUCCGUUGAGGACUGCAGCAGCUAUUACACGCUGUUUAAACAUUUCUAUUUUAAACUUCACAAAAUUUUGAAAUACAUGCAUUUUUGGGGGAGUGCUUUGUUUGCAAUAAAGGUCCAGUACUUUGGACCAUACAAAUUUUUCGUAAAAUAAUGGCGCACUCAUGACCUAGCCACGCAUUGGUCAUUUGAAGUGGCAUUUGUUGAAAAAUGGAAAUAAUAUGGCUUGCUUAAUCUUUUGGUGAUGAAUUUGCCGUUCUACGGAAAAUUCCAUUAUUUUGAAAUAUACGUGUAUUCACGUUGAGAAAAGUAAGACCCAUUCUCAGCUAGAUGUACAUUUUGCCCUUUGGUUGGCAUCAAAUCUGUAGAAAAAUGAUGCCGUUAUUAUAAACGUACAAACUCAUCGCGAGCAAACGUAUACCGCACCCAUUCCAAACUAGAUGUACUUUUGACCUUUGAUGUUACUUUUCCUUUGUGGAGAAAUGGAGCCGUUAUUAUGUGCCGUUUAAAUGUUUGGCAGUUCAUUUGAUUUCUGUGGAUAGUUUAAACAUUCAGAACAUCAAUAUUUGAACUGAGCAAAGUCACACCACACCUGUAUUCUGAAUUUUUAGUGCACAUUGUCGUUUGAAUGUUUAACACCAUUGAAACACCCCCCCCCCCUAAAUUUGGAAAUAAAAAUGCUUUUGGCAGAAAAAGUCCCAAAAACAUCCGUUAUCCUAUCAAACAUUAGGUGCUAAUGCUCCCCAACAAAUACAAAACGACUAGUUUGAAAGCAGCCACAAUGAUCUUCCCAAACGACAUCACUGCAUUUCUUCGCAGGCUAUGCUAGGCUAACAAGCUACGCAGUGAAUUAUGUGUCCCAGUUACAUGGAUGUAGUGUCGCACGCUAACUAGGGUCGGAUUGUUUUGAUGGCGUCUCUUCGACGAGGAGGAGUGGUAUGAACUGGGCUAGUCACAAAAGGGACAAAAAAAAAAAUACCCACCAUAUUUUUUUAAAAGCAUAUUUAUUUCUUCUUGUUUUUCCUCUGUGACCUUUUUUGUACUUUUUCUUCUUUUCCAAAACGCUCGUUUAAAAGAAAAUAAGCAGAUGCUCCACAAUACAACAUGAAGAACGAGCUUGUUGCUUUGGUUUUUCUAUGUCAGUUAUUUCUUUUUAUUCUUCAUUUGGUUUCUCACCCCCACCCCCCGCCCAAAAAAAAAAAACUAAACUCAGGUUUACGUUGAAAGGAUUUGCCAUGAAAAUGACUUCAAAUUCGUAUUGCUACUUCCUGUAUUUGCCUGGUUUAAAAGAUGGCCGUCGAGCUUCAUUUGGAUGAAUUGCGGUGAUGAGUGGAGCAUCUUUUUUCUGAGUUGACGACUCUUCGGUCCGCCUACAGGGACGCCGGUUGGGUUUGCGCCGCAGUACCGGACUCAAAUGGAAAAACCUUUAAGCGAGCCCGUCGGGGCGGCCUCAGUGCCAACCCAGGUGUCGCCGCUGACUCGGGUGUGAAUGUGCCUCGGUGUGUAAAUAUGAAUGUGUGUGAGUGCGCGCACACUCAUCCGCUGGUGUGCUCGUGUUCAAUAAAUGACUUUUUUUUUU